UCAGGGCCAGCUAGCGCCUGGGAUUGUUUGUUACCGUUUUAAUCCUAUUAAUUAAAACGUUAACCUGAUUGGGUAGAAAGCUCUGUCCCAACAGGCGAGUCUUCUUCAUAAUAACAUACUCAGAGAUAAUGAUGUAAAAGACUCCCCCAGCCCUGGGACUGCCUUUUUGCUUGAUGGCUCCGGAAAUCUCUUGAAGGUGAAUCCAAGCAAGAUAAACGGUGCAGGAGCUCGUUUCAUCUCAGAAUGCCUGAGCAGACCCCACCAGGCUGGAGGAGCUGAGCUUCCCUGGACAAGGGGGAGGGGGGAGGUCGUUAAAAACCCCCUUUAAAAAAAGUGAGGAAGGACACCGAAGCCUCCCAGAAAGCGUUUUGGAGUUAACUAAGCAGCUGUGAAGGAUUUUUAUUGUGAUUUGUUGUAAAGAGGACCCUACAAGUACCCCCAGUGAGAAGGACUCCGAGCUCAGAGGGAGCGUGUGGAAGGGCAGUGGACAUGGAGAGGGCGCUCAACUUGGCAGAAGAAGACUUGUUCCACAAGAGCCUCAGCAUCUCGGCGAAGAGGAUGGAGUCUGCCUUCAGGUCCCCUCAGGGUCUGGACUUGUCCCAGCCAGGAGACAGGUCCCCGCUCCACCUGUACGACGGUCCAGAUCACAGUGACCUGCUGCGGCACCACCAGUCCUCCUCAGGGGCGCUGGGCGCAGGUCCUGCUGGAGUGAUGGUAGGGGGAUCGAAUGAGUCCCUGGCUUUGGCCGCCGCCAGUAUGUGCGCUAAGUAUGGGGAGGGCGCCGGCAGGGGGUCGGUGGCCGAGAGCAGCGGAGGAGAGGACCAGAGCCCCGACGAUGACAGCGACGGACGGUGCGAGCUGGUGUUGAGGCCGGGCGACCACAGGGCCUCCCAGGCUGGCAUGAAGCCGGACGCCCCCUGCGUCCCGGGCACCAAGAAGUCCAAGGAGCAGCGAGCCCUGAGGCUGAACAUCAACGCCCGGGAGAGGAGGAGGAUGCACGACCUGAACGAUGCAUUGGAUGAACUGAGGGCGGUGAUCCCCUAUGCCCACAGCCCCUCGGUUAGAAAGCUCUCCAAGAUCGCCACCCUGCUCCUGGCCAAGAACUAUAUCCUCAUGCAAGCCCAGGCGCUGGAGGAGAUGAGGCGCCUGGUGGCUUAUCUGAACCAGGGCCAGGCCAUCUCAGCCGCCUCCAUACCCAAUUCGGCAGCUGCUGCCGCGGCGGCUGCGGUAGCCUUGCACCCGGCACUUGGAGCCUACGAGCAGGCGGCGGCAGCCACCGCGGGUUAUCCCUUCAGCACUGGGCUGCCCACCUCCAGCAGCUGCCCGGACAAAUGUGCCCUCUUCAACAGCGUGUCUUCCAGCCUGUGCAAGCAGUGCACUGAUAAACCCUGACCACGACUGAGGGACUCCUCUUAGAAGAUCCACAGGAACUCCACAGAUGAUCAGAAGAUCCAUAGGAACUCUGCAAGAGACCUAAGUUGGAACCUUUUCGACUUGCUGUCUGAAUUCACACAGCACCAGUUUGAGGAGACCCCUGUAUAAGGACAGGUACACCAGGUGGUCCCAAAACUGUAAAGAAAGAACUAGUUCUCUCUACAGCUGUCCCUGGGUUUAAUUGAGGAUUUGUUUUGUUUUUUUCUAUUUUUGUUUUGUUUAUUUAUUUAUUUUUUUCUCAUUUUGAUGCACAUGAUAUUGGACUAUGGACCAGUAUACCAGACCUGCCACCCAACCCGAUUCCUUUUGAUUUAUUUUUAUUUUAUUUUUUUUAUCUUCUGUCCUUGUAGGUUUGGGGUAUCAAAUUAACACCAGUCUUCAGGCAUUGGUUUAUUUAUAUAUGUUGCAAAACGCUGCUUCUUUUCACUGGAGUUCUAAUAAUAUUAGGGAACUUAUCCCUUUUACAAAAGAAAUAAUAAUAAUAAUAACAAUAAUAAAAAAACUGACUUGAGAGAUUUCUGACAAAUCAGAAAAAAAGAGCACUUGAAUCUAAUAACGGUUAUGAGCCAGGAAAACACUUGAAAUAUAGACUUAUUUAAUAAUUUUAAAAAAAGAGACUUGAUACACUGCAAGAAUAUAAAUCAUUUGUAUUUUUUAUUGUGUCUGAACUUUGUAUAACAUUGCUCAAAGUUUUGUUGAGAGUGAAAACGUCUUGCAAAAAAAAGAAAAAAAGAGCGAAAAAUAGAACAUUCGUGGGAGUGAAAGUAUUGGUUUAUUUUUGUUAUUUUUAUUUUUUGUUUGUUUUUAUUCCUUUGCUAAAUAAUUGACUCAAUCCUUGUUAUUUUCCAUAUUGAAUGUCGUGUGCGAAUAUCUGAUAAUUUAUGUAUUGCUCUAAACUAUCUGUCCCACUUCAAGGCUAUUUAAAUUGUGUUCUAGGUGAAUGGGUGCAAAAUGCAUUUUUACAAUUCUUCAAAGCUCUCUCUGCGGACUGAAUUUAUAUACUGUGUGCCAAGUGUUUCAAAUAUAAGAUUCUGUAUCAGAAUGUCAGUUUUUCAGAGCUCCUAGUUCCUCUGAAAUGUCAUUUUGAUUCCCAGUUUGCUUCAUCACUGUACUUUAAAAUGAGCCUUAAUAAAUUGCU